ACGCGCGCACGCCGACCACUGUUGUGCACGUUGUAACAGUGCGACGUCGUCGUACCGACCACCGGGGCUGUUGUCGCGAUCGGCAGUCGUGUGAUUCUCCGGCGCGCCACUCUACUCUACAGCCGACUCGCGCCCGUCUCGAGUAAUCUCUGUCACGCGAUACUAAAAAUAUAAUACAUAACACAUAUAAUAAUAUCAUCGCACACAGUUGUAGUAUUCGCCAUACGGUAAUAACGCUGCACGGACGGUCGUCUAUAUAUUUCGAUAUAAAUAGUUUCGAUUAAACGGUUUAUUAUUCGACCAGAAUAUUAUAAUAUCAUUACGCAUCGUAUUGUAUUUUAUUGUUAUUAUUUUUUUUCGCGUCGCCUUCGGACAGCACAAUGGCACGGAUAUUCUUCCGGCCCCCCUAACGAAACGGUCACAACUAAAUUACAACGAAAAGGUUUUGUAAAAGCGUUUCCAAUUUUAAGAGCCUCAGCUGAAUGUGUAACUAAAGCAGUAAACUCUCUCUGGUCAUUUAUUUUCUGCAGAGAAUACAUUGUCUGCGAACAAGCAUUUGUGAUAUCCACGCUCACGGAUGGAACGCGGUAACGGGACUUCCGGAGCUGCCGGCGGUGCAGCGCACAUAUCGCCGUACUGCGGUGAUCUGCUGGUCGACAUGCACGAUGUGUACGUCCACUACCACGGUUACGCCAGCCUUCUGGUGUGCGCAUUCGGUUCGGUUGCGAACGUGCUCAACAUCGCCGUGCUGACGCGCAAGGAAAUGGUCUCGCCCACCAACGCCAUACUCACCGGGCUGGCCGUGGCCGACCUGCUGGUUAUGGUCGAGUACGUGCCGUUCGCUUACCACAUGUACCUCCGACCGACCAACUAUCCGCGCGCCGACCGCUUCUCCUACAACUGGUCACUAUUCGUCUUGCUCCACUCUGACUUUUCGCAGGCUUUUCACACCAUAUCCAUAUGGCUGACGGUCACCCUGGCCGUGUGGAGGUACGUGGCCGUGGUACACCCGCAGCUCAACCGGAUAUGGUGCCGGAUGGAGACCACUCUGUCAGCGAUCGCGUUGGGCUACGUAGUGUGCCCGAUCAUCUGCAUACCCAGUUACCUGUCGUUCAACCUAUUCUCGCGGGUGGAGACGCUGGACGUGAACGGCAACCGUCCGACGGCAGUGCUACAGUCGGCGCUGCGGCGGGCCAAUAACGGCACCGAUGUCCACAGCGGCCACGGCACCGGUGGAGGCGCCGGUGGAAGCGGUGGAGCCGGUGGUGGAGGCGGUGGCGGAGUGGCAAAUGGCAGCCACGGCGGUGUCGGGCCGCUGCGCAACGUCACACUGUACUACGUCAACGUCAGCGACCUGGCCACGUCCACGUACUUGGCCGAUAUCAAUUUUUGGGUGUACAGCGUCGUCAUCAAGAUCAUACCGUGCGUGGCGCUCACGGUUCUCAGUCUGCGGCUGAUAUGCGCGCUGUUGGAGGCCAAACGCCGCCGGGCCAAGCUGACGGGCAGCGGCCGCAAGUCGGCCGACAAAGAGCGGCAGACGGACAGGACCACCCGGAUGCUGUUGGCCGUGCUCAUGUUGUUCCUGAUCACCGAGUUCCCACAGGGCAUACUCGGCCUGCUCACGCUGUUGCUCGGCAAGCGGUUCUUCCAGGACUGCUAUCAGAACAUGGGCGAGGUAAUGGACAUGCUGGCGCUGGUCAAUUCGGCCAUCAACUUCAUACUGUACUGCGUGAUGAGCCGGCAGUUCCGCAACACGUUCAGCCUGCUCUUCCUGCCGUCCUGGAUCUCCAAGGUUGAGUCACAAGCUCUGUCGCACGGUAACCCGACCACUACGCAAGUCACGCAAGUCUAAGGCGAUUGCUCUUUCGUGGUCGUUGUGUCCCCCCCACGAUCGACCUGUCGUCGUCGUCGUCGUCGUCGUCGUCGUCGUAGCAUUUAUGUGCGCCACCCACCACCCACAAACCAUCGGCACCGAUCAUCACCGCCGACGACGAGGACGACGACGGUGACGGCUAUGAUAAUAAUAUUAUAAUAUAUACAGGUGGGGUGAUUCAUCAAGCAUGCUCAUCCCCCGCCCAUAUUUUUACUUGAGUAUGCAUUUAUUCAAAUAUUGAUUUUUGGAAUCUCAGGUCAAUAAAAUACCAUAUUUCCAAUCGCCAAGAUAGAUUUUUAUACUAUUUAGUAUAGAGUGUUCUGUGGCGAUACAAACUUUAGUUUUUAAAAUAAAAACCGUCCAUACUGUUGAUUUAUUUAGCAAAUGAUUUUUUUUUUUUACAUUUUUUAUGUAUCUAAAUAUUAUUAUUAAUAUUAUAUCCAGUAUUUUCCGAGCUAUUAAUUGAUAUGUACAGAGAAUUAUAGUCAAUAUAGUCAAUGAUAAAGGAUUUAAAUAAAUAUGGAGCUUAAAU